AUGGGGAAAAGUCGUCGCCAGUCGGCGCUGACCCACUCCAUCCAGGCUGGAUUACUCCGCGACCCAGACCGUUUCAAGAAAACAACCUGGGGACAUUUGAUCGCAUUUUUCACACUCUAUCGAAUCAAACUCAUUCGAUUCGAGGAGGAGCUUUUUGCUAGGCUUCGUCAAGAAAUCUGGCACUUCAAUGAAAAUGAAUACCAGGCCAGCUUUCGCACGACAAGUGGUCAGCCGCCGCUGAAAUCGAUGGGUGAUUUGGGAUAUUCGGGCUCGACAUUUUUCGGCACUUGCGACGGGCACUAUGUUAUCAAAAGCCUUCCACGACACUUCGAGUACACCUUUUUCCAAUCCGAUCUCCUCCAGCCAUAUCAUGAUUAUAUGCGUGACCACCCGGAUUCUAUACUGGUCUGGAUAACCGACUACCUCAUCUCUCCAUACGUGACCCUCGGCACAAUAUUUGGCUGCACCCCUGCGCAUCACAUCAUCAUGGAGAACAUCCUCUGCGGCAAAGCGGACGAUCCUGCAGGUCAGCGUUGGGAGACAUAUGACCUCAAACCAAUCGACUAUUUCUACCCGGAGCGCGACUUGUUGCCCGAAGUACUCGUCAGCGAAGCCACCUUGGACAAGCUGGCAGAUACUUUCAAUGACAAGCUACAUCUGUGGAGAAACGACUAUGAGAAGUUCAUACAGGCCAUGAAGGAGGAUACAAAGUUUCUGGAAGAUGCGAAUGCAGUCGACUACUCUCUCUUCCUGGUACGGUUACCAGCUACCUCAAGCCCAGAGGUACUGGGGAGACAAAGUCCCUGGCGAGCAGGCCUGCCCUCGGCGGAUGGUAAAUGGAAAUACAGGGCUGUGAUACUCGAUUUCUUCUGGGCUCGACAUAAGCUACGUGCACAGGCUUUGUCGGGAGUGGUGCAAACAUUCAAUGUCAUUGGGAGGAAGGGUCAUAUGUCUAUUACGACUACGGCGACAGAUUAUCGUCAGAAGUUUUUGGAAAUGGUGCAGGAAAUGAUCGAAAUUCAUUGA